AUGUUUACAGAUGCUCUAUUGAUCUCAUUGCUUGUUUUAGCAACAGUGCAAAUCAAUCGGCAUGUAGCAUUAAUAGUGCUCGUUUUUGAAACUAUUGGUAAUAGUCUCAAUAUUUGGGUAUUGAGUGAACGAUGUUUGAGUGAAAAUCCAUGCUCGAUUUAUCUCUGGUGGUCUUCUCUUUCAAGUGUCUGUUUUAUUCGGUCAGGAGUAAUUACUCGAGUACUUCAAGGUUACAGUAUCAACUGGGCUAAUCAAAAUCAAUUUCUCUGUAAGAUUCGACUCUCUAUUUCAUCAAUAUGUUUUGCAGUAGCCGCAUGUGCUCUUGUCGCUGCUAGCAGUGGCCGAUAUCUACAUAGCAGCCGUCUAGUUAAAUAUCGAAGUUUUAGCACGGUUCAAACAGCAAGACGACUGCUGAUGAUUAUUUCUACUGUAUGCAUUCUAGCAUACACAGAUGUUUUAUAUUGCUAUCAAGCAAGUGUUCCUAAUGUUCCUGUUGCUUGUUAUCCUCAAAGUUUUUCAUGUCGAUUGUACAAUGAUUGGAUGCUCAUUAUGGUCAAUACAAUUAUUCCAAGUUUUAGUAUGGUUAAUUUUGGUUCAUUAACCAUUCGUAAUAUUCGACCAGGAGUUAUUUAUCCAAUAAAACGUUGCGAUCUUCCAAAUGAUAUUGUAAAUCAUAAUUUACGAUUGCGGCGAAAUGAUGGUAAUAUCAGCUGA